AUGCCUAAGGAGAAGUCCACCCGCAAGGCCCCCGAGAAGCGCCAGCAGCGCCGCAAGAAGGACCCCAACGCCCCCAAGCGUGGUCUUUCCGCUUACAUGUUCUUCGCCAAUGACAACCGCGACAAGGUCCGCGAGGAGAACCCCGGUAUCAGCUUCGGCCAGGUCGGCAAGCAGCUUGGUGACAAGUGGAAGGCUCUGAGCGAGACCGACCGCAAGCCUUACGAUGAGAAGGCCGCCAAGGACAAGAAGCGUUACGAAGAGGAGAAGGCAGCUUACCUCGCCAAGGGCGAUGAUGACGAGGAGGAAGAAUCCUCUUAA